AGAGUCGACGGUGCUGCCUUAAGAAGCUCUAAAAGUCGUGUUCUGGACAUCUCUAUACUCACCCAUGUAUUUCCAUCGUGGGGGCCGGGGCCCCGCAAUAUCUAAAUCUGGUCCUGACCUGGUUGAGAAGGUGUAAGAAAUAUGGGGAAAAUGACAGGUUGUAUGUAAAAGAGGUGAUCGUAAACAGGUUCUGCAGAAAAUAUCAGCAAUUUUCUCUAAAUAGCGAAAUUAACGACUCAAUUCCUCUUCAACGUUUGUCUGACGUUGCCAAGUCGAAGUGGUACAUUUACUUCGAUUACUUAGGAUGGCCGUGGUGCAAAGUAUCACUUGUUGUGUUGGUAGUAUUUUCUUCAGUGUAAUACUCUCUGGUUUGCACUACAACGUCAGGCUCAGGAGAGGUUAACGCGGCCAAACCAACCGCCGCUGCCCGUCGCUGGUUCGGCGGGUGUUUACAGUAUUGGAUGGUUGAACCUUGAGUAAUUCUGUGAGUGAGUCAUUUCUUCUUGAGUACAGUCGUUUAUCAGGACCAACCGAGUAUAGAGUAUUUGUGAUACUCUAUUUUAUUUCACAAAAUUGAUAUUCGUCUUGCAGAAACGGUUAGAAGCUGAACUUGCAACAUGUCAACUACAUCACAGAAACACCGUAAUUUUGUAGCAGAACCCAUGGGAGAAAAACCUGUGACUGAAUUGGCUGGAAUUGGGGAGGUUCUGGGAACUAGAUUUGUUAAUCUGGGCUUUGACAAGGCAUAUGUUGUCUUAGGGCAGUUUCUGGUAUUGAAGAAAAACAAAGAAUUAUUCAUUGAGUGGUUGAAAGAUUCAAUUGGUGCAAAUACAAAACAAGCAAGUGAUUGUUACCAGUGUCUCUCAGAUUGGUGUGAUGAAUUCCUGUAAUAUUUGUUAAAUAACAUGUUAACUGAUCUAAUCUAUUUUUGUAUCUUAAGAAAUAAUAUUAAGGGAUUGGUGAGCCUGUUCAAAGUCAUUUUAAAUUAAUAGAGAAUUUUAAAUAUUGUCUUGUAAUUCUUGUUUUUAUUGUUGCACGCUGUAUGAAUAAGUUAUUUUUGGGGGUGGUCCAUUAAAAUAGCAAUAAACAAAAAUUUCCUGAGCAGUGAAGCUGCAAGUAGUGCCAUGGACAGCUUUAAUGAUUCUAGUAAAGAAGUUCAGUGUUCAUUACAGUAUAUAUGCUGUGUCUGGUCACAAUGCUUAAUAUGUUGUUAAAAUGAGACAACAGUAUUAAGCAUGCAUGUGAAUAAGAUUUUGAAACAAUCAUUUUUAACAAAAAAGAGACUGUAGUAAAAGUUGCAAGUCAUAUGUAGUAUUUAACCUUAUUGUGAAAGGUAUUAAAAGGCUGGUAAUGAAACUUCUGAGAAAAAACUUACAAUAACUUACAAUGAUAUAUUACACAAAAAUAAGUGUGCCAGAAAUCAUCAGAUAUUUUUAUAAUAAUUAUUAUAUGGCUGUUGUAUUUCAUUGCAAGUGAUCUUGUUACAUUUGUCUCAGACACAGGAACUAUUCAGUUCCUUCUAGAUGUGAAAAACUGCUAAUUCCAAGGUAUUAAAAUGUUGAAGAACAGUGUGUUUUUGUUUUUUUCUUUCUCCAAUACAAAAUGCACUACUAUUUUCAAUGCUUGUUGGAAUUCUCUAACAUUUUAAAUCCUCAUUGGCAGAUUGUUAUAGACUGGAUUUUCCUGUACUUCACCAAUUAUGUGAAGUUGUUAUAGUAAUUUUCAUACUAUUGAUAAUAUUCUAAGCAUGUUGACCUGUAAUAGCUUUGCACACUGUCAAUAAUAUUAGUGAAUGUACAACAAAUUUUUAGUAUAAUUUGGAGAAAUAUGCCAUGAAAUUACUUAUCAUGAGAAAGCACCAUUAGUCAGGACUUGUUUGUUUCAUGACUGUAUUUUUCACAUUUCAAUAAAAAGAAUAAUUUUUUGUGAAUGUCAUUGUUUUAAUCUUUUGAGCAAACUUUCUACAUCUCUUAUUUGUAGGACAGAUAUUCUUGCUUGAUGUAUUUUACAAGAUUUUUCUAUUAAACUGGGUGGUCUGCAUGAAUACAAAUUAAUAAUAUCAAGCAAUAUGAAGUGGCCAAUUUCAAAUAUAAAAGUCAUGCAGAUCAAAGUGCGGUGAACAGAUGGCAUUUGGGAACAAAUGUUGAUGGGCUUCUAAGCUGGUUUUGUCGUAAGAUUAUGGUAAUUUUGCUCAGUUUGUGGAUAUUUUUAAAUAAUGAGGCUAUUAACUUGAAAGUGCCCAAACUGAACACCUUUUUAAUAAUUUGAGUGUUAUGAGUGGAUUGCAUAUCGCGUUGCAAAAAUAUUUAUCUCCAAAGGUUUUCAUGUUCUUAAUAAUUUUUGUAAUAAUUCCAAAAAUAAAAAUGAAAGUUGAAAAAUAAUUCCAAAAAGAAAGGUUUUAACAUUAAGUGUAUUUCUGCUACAAUUUAUGCAAUAGUUCACUACUAUGUACCUCAGACCUGCAGUGUCACUUACUAGUGCACUCUUGUGACACCAAUGCCCUUUUUGGAAACAGGGCACUUGUUUUAAUCAUAACGUAAAUUAACACAAUAAUUGUUGAUUUAUGUAAUAAACCUUCAAUUUGCCUUAGAGAAAAUUUAAAAUCUCAAAUAGAGUUAAUUUUAUACGAGUGUGGUGUCAGCGCUGUAAGCAGCACACGCAUAUGUUUGUACCAUAGAGGAAAGAUAUUCGGUCUUUCCUCUGUGCUUUUACUAGCACAUUCUUCAGUUGUAGAAGAGGGAAGACAUUUUAAUACACUUUUUUGGUGAAAAUUACCAGAUGACUAAGUCUGAAUAUGUUUCUUGGAAUAAUGGUCUAACUUUAAUUUCUUGAGUGUCUGUGUAAACUUUCUCAAUGCAGUAGUGGCCUAACCCAUGAAAUGAAUGUUUAAUCUAUAACGCUUGACUCUGUUGUGAACAAUAAUAUGCAAGCAAGGUCAGAGUGAUGUUUUAAUAA